AUGUCUCAAUAUAAGAGAUUUUCUCUUUUGCAAAUUGCAAUAGUUGCAUUGUUUUUUUUAUUUGCGAAUGCUGAAGAUUGCGGUACUCAAAACCCAAACGGCAAGUGUAAUGCUUCCGCGGGUGAAUGCUGCUCGAAAUGGGGUUAUUGUGGAGUAGGUGACGCGUGGUGUGGUGCAGGAUGUCAGCCUAAUUACGGUCUAUGUAGUUCGACCACAUCAUCGACUACGUCGACUAGUAGCAGGACUAGUAAUGUGGAAGCGGAUAUGGAACGAAAUGUCCUUCAAAUCAAUGUUGCUCACAAUGGAGUUGGUGUGGAACAACAUCAGGUGAAUAUGAUGAUACAUGUCAUGUAUGCACUAAUGUACUACAUAUAUCGAUAUUUAAUCGUUGUACGUAAUUUAGAUUAUUGUGCCGCUGGAUGUCAAUCUGGAUUUGGUAAUUGCAACAGCGCUUCGACAACAACCACUUCGACAACCACCACAUCUACCACAACCUCUUCAUCAUCUACUACUUCAAAAUCCACCACAACUUCUUCAACUACCACUACAAGUAGCAGUUAUCCAACAUCGACAAAUGACCAAUGCGGAAAAGAUCACAAUACACAAUGUCCAUCGGGAAAUUGUUGCUCUCAAUGGGGCUGGUGUGGCACCACUUCUGAUUAUUGUGGAUCUGGUUGUCAAUCUGGAUUCGGUAAAUGCAAUAACGAUCCAUCAACAACUUCAACCACAACCUCUGCUUCACCAACCCAGACUGGUACCGGUGGUGGUCCAGUAACUGCCAAAGUUUACAGCUCAUGCGCAAUCUCAAACACGUUCGCAAUAACUUUUGACGAUGGUCCUUAUUCCUUCACGAAUGAGCUCCUUGAUACGCUCGCUAAUAAAGGAAUAAAGGCAACAUUCUUUGUGAAUGGCAAUAACUGGGGUUGUAUCUAUGAUUAUGCAGACGUAGUUAAACGUGCGUAUGACGAAGGUCAUCAAAUUGCCGCGCAUACCUGGUCACAUCCGUCACUCCCCUCUCUAUCAGAUGAUGACAUAAGAUAUCAAAUAACUGCACUUGAAACUGCUCUUCGUAAAAUUAUUGGCGCUGUACCAAGAUUCUUUAGACUUCCCUACGGUGACGGUUCAUCAGAUUCCCGGGUUCUUGGUAUUCUUGGCGACGAAGGAUAUUCGCAUAUUAUUCAGUGGGAUAUCGAUUCUGGUGAUUCCACAGGAAAUACUCCUGACCAAUCGAAGCAAGUUUAUCUGAAUAAUGUUAAUCCUCCAAAUCCACAUGUCGCACUUAAUCAUGACGUGAAACAAACAACGGUGGAAGAUGUUGCACCAUAUGCAAUCGAUCUCAUUAAGGGUGAUGGAUAUAAUAUGAUGACCGUAGGUGAUUGCUUAGGCACUAGCAGCUGGUAUAAGGAAGUAACAUCCCCUUCUUCAAGAGAUAGUUCCUGGACUUGUUAA